AACAAAAGAUCCCUAGAAAAAAGAGAAAAAUAAAAGAAACGGGAGCCAUUGGAAGACAGAAUUUAUUUCCUUGUUGAGAAAUGGAAAAUAGAAAAUGGAAGGGGAUUGAUUUGCGGUUAAGGAGGGGGAAUCUGCACCAGCAGUUGAGUUUUACCGUCCAAAUGAAAAACAUUUUUGCCUUGUUUUGCACUUCCCCAAUUCCAGCCAUAUUUACAACUUUCUUUAUUCAUGUUCGUCGCCUCCCUUAUUCCCCUCUGCAAUGGCAAUCGCGGCCGCACUUAUUCUUCCGCUGGGCGUUCUUUUCAUCGUCUCCGGUGUUGUUGUUAACUUCAUUCAGGCUAUGAUAUUUGUUCUCGUUCGUCCAAUUUCAAAGAACGUGUAUCGAAGGAUAAACAAAGAAGUUGUAGAACUGUUGUGGUUGCAGCCUGUUUGGCUUUUUGAAUGGUAGAGCUAUAUGUAGACCAAAAAACUUAUGAUGUAAUGGCCGAAGAACAUGCACUUCUUAUUUUUAACCACAAGAGUGACAUUGACUGGCUUGUCGGAUGGGUCCUAGCUCAGCGAGCCGGUUGCCUCGGUAAUGCUCUAGCUAUCAUAAAGAAAUUGUUAUCAUAUAUACCGGCAGGUUUUGGGGUGGUCAAUGUGGUUUUCAGGUUAUAUUAUUCUUGAAAGGUGUUGGACUAAGGAUGAGCACACAUUGAAGGCAGGUUUCCAAGAUCUAAAAGACUUUCCCCGGCCAUUUUGGUUGGCUCUUUUUCCAGAGGGGACACGCUUUACUCAAGCAAAGCUUGAAGCAGCCCAAGAUUAUGCUGCAUCAGCUGGACUGCCCGUUCCGAAGAAUGUUUUGAUUCCCCGAACUAAGGGUUUUGUUAUGGCAGUACAUCAGCUGCGCUCAUUCGUUCCAGCAAUUUACAACAUAACAGUUGCCAUACCCAAAGCAGAACCCACACCCACAAUGUUAAGAAUGCUAAGAGGGCGUUCUUCAGUGGUGCAUGUUCACAUUGAACGCCAUCUGAUGCAGGAUUUACCAGAAACAGGAAGUGACAUUUCACAGUGGUGUAAAGAUGUUUUCGUGGAAAAGGAUGCUUUACUGGAGCAACAUCUUACGAUCGGGUCUUUCGCUGACAAAGAGUUCCACGAGAGUGGCAGAACGAAAAAAUCUUUAGUGGUUGUGCUUACCUUGUCAUGCCUCAUUUUCUACGGCGCCGUGAAAUUGUUUGAACGGUUUCCCUUCUCAUGGAAAGAGGCUGCCUUUUGCCUAGUCUUUUUCGUCAUUGUGGUGAUCCUUAUGCAGAUUCUGAUUCUAGCCUCUCAAUCCGAGUGCUCUAUGCCUCUCGUUAAAGAGCCCAAGAGAGACCGGUUGCAGCAAAGCCUCCUUCCAAAAUGAGUUCUUAGUUCCUUCUACUCAAAUUCACCAUUGCCACUGUGGCAUGGAUGGAGUCAUAGCACUAACUGUAUUAG